AUGAAAUCCGUCAAGAAGGGACUCAGCGUCAACCGCAUAGUUGGCACCCUCAAGCGGAGGACGGGAACAAGCUCAGCAGCCAACAGCAGCAAUAACAACAACAACACCGGCAGCGGCAGCGGACCUUCCAACGAGGCACCGACAACCCAGGGACUCGCCAUCCCAGACGAUCUACAAGAAGACACUCCCGAAGGAAUUGCUGUUCGCAAUGUGAAAGCGUUCUGCGAGUCUGGAGGCCCCAACAGACAGGCGCGCCGCCAGGGGGACGAGGUUCUCUUCCUCCCGCCCAUCGUCGAUGCCGCCGAAUCCUCUCCGACCGCCGCGACCCAAUGCGCCCGCUACAUCCGCAAGUAUCUGACGGACAAGUACUCACCAAAGGCCUCAUGGCAGUACAACGCCGUCAUGCUGAUCCGCAUCCUGGCCGACAACCCUGGUCGCAGCUUCACCCGUAACUUUGACUUUAAGUUCUGCAACGUCGUCAAGGAUGUGCUGAGAAACGGCCGCGACCCGAGCGUGCGCCAGAUCCUCAUGGAGACCUUGGACGAUUUCGAGCAGACGAGGGCCAACGAUGACGGUGUCAAGGAUCUGGUCUACAUGUGGAAGAAGGAGAAGGAGCGUGCCUUCCAGCGUGGCGAGAGAAACUUCAGGUAUCCCCAAGGCGCCCAUUCUGCCCCGCAGAUGACGGCAUCACAGUACAACGAAGGCGGUCACAACUCCAACUACUUUGCGAGGAGUCACUCGAACAGAAGGCUGCCGCGCCCGGCCGAGCUCGCGAGCCGCCUCGAAGAAGCCCGGAGUUCCGCCAAACUCCUCUCGCAAGUCGUCAACAACACCCCGCCGCAGGAACUUCUCACAACGACCUCGUCAAGGAGUUUGCCGACCGCUGCCAGAGCGCGACGCGCAGCAUACCUUCUUUACAUGCUCGCCGAGGACCCCGCUCCUGACAACGACACGAGGGAGAGCCUGAUCGACGCCAACGAGCAGCUUCAGACUGCUCUUCACCAACACCAGCGAGGCGUCCUCAACGCGCGGAAGCAGCUCGGCCUCAACAGCACCCCGAGCCACACUCAGCAGAACACGUUCUCUGCCGAGAUGACCAACGGCCAACCACCCGUUCUCCCCCUCGACACCCGUCCUCAACAGCACGAGCAGCAGUGGCUGCCCUCCCAACCGACCUCGGCACCUCAGCAGCCACCCCGCAAACCCCUCGCCGGCUCCAACGAUGACAGCCAAGGCGACUUUGCGCCACCGGCGGGGCCCCCGCCUGGUCUGCCCCCGAAGGACCGAACGUUUGAGUCUGGUGGUGGUGGUGACCCCUUCCAGGACCCCGCGCCCGCGCCUCUGCGCGGCGCGCCGCCGGUCCCGGGCUUCAAUCCGACGCAGAGCUACGUCGGCCGGCAGGACAGCGCCGUCGGACACACGACGAUGCAUGGCGCGCAGGGCAGCCGGAACACCCGGGAUGACGAUGACAUUUAUGACUCGAGGUAAUCUACGUUUCGUCCGUCCGACAAUCUCGGUAUAGGAGACCCUGGAGUCGGUCCAGGGCGAGUAGUCCACACAGAAUCCAGCUGCACCGGCACAUGCUCUGCCUUGUACCUUUUCCAACAUCUCUCUCUGUGAUCGUCUCCGGCUGCCUUCUUGUCAUCGCAACAAGCCUGACGUAGGGCAGCAGACGAUCGGAUGCGAAGGGGGUGAGGCAAACAACCCCAUGGGGGCGUACUCGUUCCGGCGGCUAAAGAAGAAUGAAGAAGGAACUGAAGGCGCGAUGGCAGUGGCUCUUUUCAUAUUUGGUGUUCUAUUCCUCAUUCGCAGGCCAUUUAGGCAGAUGAAGCAAGCAUUCUGAUUCAGCAA